AUGUCUUCGUCAUCAGCAGCAGCGUCAAGGGCGGCGGCAGUGGCAGUAGCGCUGCUGAGCGUCGGCGGAUUCUUGGCCCAAUUGCCUGUCAGCGAUGGCCACGCCUACAUGAUGACCCCGAUCUCGCGUCAGCUGGGAGGCACCACUCCCUUCAAUCAGGAAGGAGAGGUUCCGGUGAACUUCUGCCCGCACUGCUACCAGUCCCGUGGGCCCGCCGCGAUUCGCGAGCGUUCAGGCGACAAGCCCUGGCCUCACUACAAGGGUGCACGAGCAGCCAACGGGAACUACCUCGAGAGUGACGAGGUGGCACAGAGGCACGGCAUUUGCGGCGACCCCGAGCAGACUGCGGCUGAGGGUGACAACAAGUACGGUCGCGAGAACUACAACUACCCCGUCCUCGGCACGUACGCCGAAGGCGGGGUCCUAGAGGUCAAGAUCGUCGUGUCUACCUACCACUGGGGCCACGUGGAGGUGUUCCUCUGCGACACCGCCGACCUCCCCGAAGGUGAAGACAGCAUCGUCACGCAGUCCUGCUUCAACGACUACCCCCUCGACCGCGCGGUAGACGACGAGUUCAACGGCCCCAUAGACCCCAACUACACGGGACGGUUCAUCCUGGACCCCCCCUGCCGCGCCAGCGAGACCGACCAGGACCUGUUGGAGGGCGCCUACCCGGGCGACGUGGCCACCGCUCGGUACCAGCUGCCGGAGGGCGUGGUCUGCGACCACUGCGUUGUGCAGAUGGUUUACUACACCGGCAAUUCGUGCAAGCACGAAGGUUACGCCGACUUCAACCCCGAGUCGUGGCCCAGCUCGUGCGCGCCUAGCAAGGCCGACUGGAUCAACGAGGUCGUCGGGCAGUGCGGCGACGGCGACGCCUACCCCGAGGAGUUCUGGAACUGCGCCGACAUCUCCAUCACCUCCGACGGAGGGCCUGGCACCGCCCCUCGCACCGCUCCCUCCCCCACUCCCGAGCAGGAGGAGUACGACGACGGGUCCACGCCCGCCCCCUCGAUGAAGUACGAAGAGGACUACGAUGAGCCCACGCCGUCGCCCACGAUGAAGUACGAGGAGGAAUACGACGAGCCAACGACCCCGGCACCGGCACCGGUCGAAGGCGGCGACGACGACUCGUCCUCCAUGGACGGCGGUGACUACGACGAGCCCACUCCGGCGCCCACCGCCGAGCUCGAGCCGGCCACGCCCAUGGACUCUCCCACCGAGCCGAUCGUGGCGACCUUCGCACCGUCCGUACCCCCGCCCGUCUCGGACCACUCCGACUGCGAAGACCCCGUCGGUGCGUUCAACCAGUGCGGGGGGGAGGGCUACGACGGGUCCACCUGCUGCAGGGCCGGCUACGAGUGCGAAGAGAUGGCGGAGUGCUACUCCGAGUGCCGGCCCAGGGAAGACCGGUGCUCCGAGGGCUGGGGGCAGUGCGGAGGGCUCCACUGGGAGGGCCCCGAGUGCUGCUGGCCCGGCGCCGAGUGCAUUGAGCGCAACGAGUGGUACCACCAGUGCGUCCCCGAGGGAGCCGUCAACUGAGCCGUCCACUGACGAUGAGCUAUCAAUAUCAACCGACGAUGGGCGAUCAACUGACGACAAGUCACCUGGUGGUGAUUUUUUAAUGGUUUUCGUGGGAGCUGCUGGUUUGUUUUUUUGUUGUUGUCAGGGUGUGCGUAGAUCGAUCGUGUCGGUGGCGUGUUUGUUAUGUGUUUGUUAUUAAUGUCCUACAAUACGUCGGGUAGUUCACGUAGGAGUUAAGUAAAUACCAUAGUUCAUGACGUUUGAUGUACGUACGGGGGCGCCUUGUUGAAAGAUGGGUAGGAUACGUUGUUGUUGAUAUGACCCUGACCAUGUUGUUCUUCGAAACCAGGAUCAAUUGGGUUCUCUUGUGUAUUGUUGCAUUGAUUGCUCAUGGUUUCUAUAGUACCCGCAUGGUGGGUGCCUCUUCGCUUUGAAGGACUAUCAAUUGGGUUCUCUUGUGUAUUGUUGCAUUGAUUGCUCAUGGUUUCUAUAGUACCCGCAUGGUGGGUGCCUCUUCGCUUUGAAGGACUUUGAAGACUAAACACGAUGUACAAUUGUAAGUUGCGUUUGCAUUGUUGGAACAGAUCCAUGUGGGAGCGUUUGUGCAUUCAUUCGCUCUCAGUUUUUCAGUGUAUUUUCACGGCCUACAAGGCUCGUUCUUUACACGAAUACGAACGCUACUGUGCUGUCUUGCAUCAAUGGUUGAGGAGGAUGCGGUCAAGAGGGUCAAGAUAUAUGUGUGUGUGUUGUGUUCACAGCUAGACUGCCGGUUAGCGCCGAGUGUUGGAUUGUUGCGCAUGUGUGUGUGUGGGAACAAGAGAGAGAUGGUGGUUGCGGGUGGGUGCACAGACAGACAGAGAGGCGUGUGUGGUGGAAAAAAGGUAGUCGAAGGCACGGACUGCUCUUGGAUAGCCAGGUGGUGGUGUUGUUGGUGGGGUGGUGGUGCUCUUUCGGUUGUUUUUGAAAAUUGAAAAACUUUCCGAGUCCCCCACGGGUCGAAUCACGGGCCUGCUCAUAGAUAGGGUGCUGGCUGUUUUACGGUACUGAUCUCACGUUUGUUCCUCCACAUUGUUCGUAGUCAUCGUGAAGUGGAAGUUCAGUUGUUCUUGGUAGAUGGUGGUCCAACAAAAAAAUGUUUUCCAAGUAUUUACUUGUAGGUCACCGGUAUUAUACAUUGUCAUUGUUGGAUUUUUGGACGACACCACGACGCCAGACGUAAGAGGUCCCACAAGAAGUGGUUCGUUGGUGGUGGAGGCGUCAUUUGAGCAAGUUAGUUAUCUAGGUGUGUGUUGUGUCUCGUGCUUGAAGAGCGAAAGAGAGGGUUUUACGAAGAGAGAUCGGGUCGGUAGAUAGGGUCGGUUAUGUAAUCGAUUGUGCUUCGGUUGGUCGGUAUUGGGGGAUAUGGAAACAACGAUAUGGUAUCGAAAUAGUCAAAUCAAGGGCAGC